CGUAUAGAUAUAAAAAAUGGCUGAUAAGAAAGAUGAGGAGAAAAGGGAGGAUGAUGAGCGUAUUGAAUUUCUUUAUAAAUAUUUGGUACUCUCAAGAAAAAUUAAACUCGACAAAUGGAUAAAGAUGUUAACAAACGAGGAAUACAAGGAGAUGAUUAUGAAGUUCUUCGAUACACCAUUGGAGAUGAUUCUGAUAAUACAACAAAUUCCAACCGGUGUAUUAGUGCCGUUUCUCAAAAUACCACCAAGUCAUUAUAUAAAGGCAUCGUAUUUUAUAAAAAAGAAUCCUGUCAAGAUUACGAAAGAAAAUUACAGAAACAUCAUUAUACCUGGCGACUUGGCUUCGAAAUCUAUUGAGGAACUGUCCGUCUUGGUCGAGGAGGCUUAUGUACCAAUAUUAUCGAAUCCGAACAACCACAAGGGAUGGCCACUCGUUAUCGGUGAGGAUGUGAAAAAACAUGUUUACGAUCUUCGCAACAUGAUAUGUCAGGUAUAAGGAAUAGCUUUAACUUUUAAAUUAGACCUAAUUAUAAUUAAUCGAAAUAUGAAAUAUAAAACG